AUGACGGCCCAUGGCCUGCUCCUGACCGAAAGCUGCCAGUCGUGCCUCAUCGUCACUUUGCGGUUUCUCCACUUGCUGAAAGGUGAGACAUUUCCCAUCAAUUCAUACAAGUUACAAUACAUCGGCAUAAAUGAUGCUGACAAGCUAUAUGGUUGGUUGUUCUUAGGCGAGCUGCACCUCGAGGAUGAGAAGGGCAAUACUGCUAAGCUCUUCCCUGGAGAUACGUUCUUUAUUCACCGUGGAAGCUCGAUUGUCUUCUCUACGCCCCGGUAUGCCGUCGCUUAUAAAGUUGGCGCUCGCUCCAAGAUGCACUGA